CCUUUUGAAAAAUUGAUGAAGGCACGAAAAGGGGACAAGGUCACGAAAAAAGGUCUUAGUGUGAUAGCGCCAUUUUUUCCACUUUCAGUUUAUGCCCAUUUUGCAGGGCUUCCAACAGCAAAAUGUUGGGACAGAGCAUUCAGAGAUUCACAACCUCUGUUGCCCGUAGGAGCCACUAUAAGGAAGGUCCAGGGAAGAAUUUGCCAUUUCUGGUGAAAAACAAGUGGUGGUUACUAGCUAUGAUGACUUUGUAUUUUGGAUCUGUAUUUGCUGCACCAUUCCUUAUUGUAAGACACCAACUGCUUAAAAAAUAAGGAUGUUUUAGUUAAUCCAUGAAACAGAUAUGAAGAGGAGCAUUUUAAGAGGUGCAGCUUCUUUGAAAAAUGGAUCAAGCUGUUGAACUCGACAUACUAGUGUGUUUGUAAAUAAACUUAUGGCAUGAAUCCUUAAUGCCUCUUCUC